GAGACAGAAAAAGGAAAGAGAAAGAGACAGAAAAAAAGAAGAAAACACAGAAACUCAUCGUGGUUCUUGACUGUUUUUUAUAUAUUGUUGUUGUUAUUGUUGUUGUUAUUACUAUUAUUUACCCAUAUUGGAGGAUAGGAGAAGUCUAUAAGUGGGUUGCAAAAAAAAAAAAAAAGGAAUCUUCUUCACUCUAAAUCACUUUCUUUGCUGGACUGGGAUAUUAAAUAUACGACACAUCCAGGAGUUUAUUGGAGCGCAGACUGAUGGCGCAAAGGUACGAUGAGCUGCCCCACUACGGCGGGAUGGACGGAGUAGGGGUGCCGGCGUCCAUGUACGGGGACCCCCACGCCCCCCGGCCGAUCCCCCCGGUGCACCACCUCAACCAUGGGCCGCCGCUCCACGCCGGACAGCACUACGGCGCCCACGCCCCGCACCCCAAUGUCAUGCCGGCCAGCAUGGGCUCCGCUGUCAACGACGCUCUGAAGCGGGACAAGGAUGCGAUCUACGGGCACCCGUUGUUCCCCCUCUUAGCUCUGGUCUUUGAGAAGUGCGAGCUGGCGACCUGCACGCCCCGGGAGCCCGGCGUGGCCGGCGGGGACGUCUGCUCCUCCGACUCCUUCAACGAGGACAUCGCCGUCUUCGCUAAACAGGUCCGCGCCGAAAAACCACUUUUUUCUUCAAAUCCAGAGUUGGACAAUUUGAUGAUCCAAGCAAUACAAGUACUAAGGUUUCAUCUUUUGGAAUUAGAAAAGGUUCAUGAAUUGUGUGAUAAUUUCUGCCAUCGGUACAUUAGUUGUUUGAAAGGAAAAAUGCCAAUAGACCUCGUUAUUGAUGAAAGGGAUGGCAGCUCCAAAUCAGACCAUGAAGAACUCUCAGGAUCUUCCACAAAUUUAGCUGAUCAUAAUCCUUCAUCUUGGAGAGACCACGAUGAUGCAACCUCAACGCACUCGGCAGGCACACCAGGGCCCUCCAGCGGGGGCCACGCUUCCCAGAGUGGAGACAACAGCAGCGAGCAAGGUGAUGGUUUAGACAACAGUGUAGCCUCACCUGGUACAGGAGAUGAUGAUGACCCAGACAAGGACAAAAAGCGUCAGAAGAAAAGAGGCAUUUUCCCCAAAGUAGCAACAAAUAUCAUGAGAGCGUGGCUUUUCCAGCAUCUCACACAUCCAUAUCCUUCAGAGGAGCAGAAGAAACAGUUAGCCCAAGACACGGGACUUACAAUUCUACAAGUAAACAACUGGUUUAUUAAUGCCAGAAGAAGAAUAGUACAGCCUAUGAUUGACCAGUCAAAUCGAGCAGGUUUUCUUCUUGAUCCUUCAGUGAGCCAAGGAGCAGCAUAUAGUCCAGAGGGUCAGCCGAUGGGAAGCUUUGUGUUGGAUGGUCAGCAGCACAUGGGAAUCCGGCCUGCAGGUUUGCAAGGCAUGCCAGGGGACUACGUAUCUCAGGGUGGUCCUGUGGGUAUGAGUAUGGCACAGCCAAGUUACACUCCUCCCCAGAUGACCCCACACCAAACUCAAUUAAAACAUGGACACCCAAUCCAUUCAUAUUUGCCAAGUCAUCCCCACCACCCAGCCAUGAUGAUGCACGGAGGACCCCCUACCCACCCUGGAAUGACCAUGUCAGCACAGAGCCCCACAGUGUUAAAUUCUGUAGACCUCAGUGUUGGUGGACAGGUUAUGGACAUUCAUGCCCAAUAGAAUAAGGGAACUCAAGGGAAAAACAAAACAAAAACAAACAGAAACUAUUUUAAGACUUUUGAACUUUGACCAGAUGUUGACACUUAAUACAAAAUUCCAGACAGCUGUGAUUAUUUUUUACUUUUUGUCAUUUUUCAUCAACAACAGAGGACCAAUGAUACAAGAACACAAAUGUGAAAUCAUGGGCUCACUGAAAUGAAUAUGUCCAUGUACAGAUCCUCUGGAAAAAAAAAAGACUCCAAGAGUUAUAACUACUGUAGUAUAAACAUAGGAACUAAGUUAACUUGUACAUUUCUGUUGAUCACUCCGUUACGUUGCCUCAAAUAGUUUUAGAAGAAAAAAAAUCCUUGUUUUCCACACUAUGUGUGUUGUUCCCAAAAGAAUGACUGUUUGGUUCAGCAGUGAAGUCGCUAUCCAUGAAAGACCUGUUUUGGCCAGUGAGAAAAGAACUACCCUGGAGAUGAAGAUGAAAAGUCUUGCUGGGUCUCUCAUCACUCAGAAGACUGUUCCAAGAAGGCCUUGCCAUUCCCUCAUUUUGUUCCUUCAUAAAAUGUGUCCUUUAGUUUCAAACAGAUCUUUAUAGUUUGUGCUUCAUUAAGUCUCUCCCCAUUCCUCCCAAACUAUUUUGGUUUUUUUUUUUUUUGGACUCUUCUUCAAAGAGCUUGCAGGUGAAGAUUUAAGACAGAACAGACAGAGCAGAAGCUUCUUCCAGUAGUUCUGAGCCUUGGCUUUGGACAAAACAAAACUAAAAGUUGGGCAGCUUUCCUCAAUGAAAGAAGUUACUAACGGUCUUUGCACCAAACCUAGGACUUUAUCAUGAACUCAAAGCUUGGGGGAAAAAAAGCAAGAGAAUACUGUAACAAACUUCGUACAGAGUUCGGUCUAUUAAUUGUUUCAUGUUAGAUAUUCUAUGUGUUUACCUCAAUUGAAAAAAAAAAGAAUGUUUUUGCUAGUAUCAGAUCUGCUGUGGAAUUGGUAUUGUAUGUCCAUGAAUUCUUCCUUUCUCAGCACGUGUUCCUCACUAGAAGAAAAUGCUGUUACCUUUAAGCUUUGUCAAAAUUUACAUUAAAAUACUUGUAUGAGGACUGUGACGUUAUGUUUUAAAAAGGAAAAAAAAAGGUGUUAAGUCACAAAAUGCGGUAAUAAAUAUUUCAUUUUUGAUUUUU